GCGCAUUGGGCCGCGAUGCAGCAGCAGCAGCAGGAGUCGCCCGGGGGCGGCAGCGGCAGAAGCUGCAGUCGCCGCCACAGAGGAAGAAGCCCACCCAACCGCCACCGCGUCCAGACCCCCGAGCUUGGUUCCCCGCGCCCUGAUCCCGGCGCCCCGACCCCCACGCCCGCCUCCGCCAACUUUGACGCUGCCUCGGCAGCCCGGCCCGGCUCCAUGCCAAUGGUGGAGGCCAUAGUGGAGUUUGACUACCAGGCCCAGCACGACGAUGAGCUGACAAUCAGCUUGGAUGGCAUCAUCACCAACAUCAGGAAGGAGGAUGGAGGCUGGUGGGAGGGACAGAUCAACGGCUGGAGAGGUUUGUUGUCUGACAACUUUGUAAGAGAAAUAAAGAAAGAGAUGAAGAAAGACCCUCUCGCCAAUAAAGCUCCAGAAAAGCCCAUGCAUGAAGUGCCCAGUGGAAACUCUUUGCUGUCUUCUGAGACGAUUUUAAGAACCAAUAAGAGAGGCGAGCGACUGAGGCGCCAGUGUCAGGUAGCAUUCAGCUACCUGCCCCAGAAUGAUGAUGAACUUGAGCUGAAAAUUGGCGACAUCGAAGAGGUGGUAGGAGAGGUAGAGGAAGGAUGGUGGGAAGGUGUUCUCAACGGGAAGACUGGAAUGUUUCCUUCCAACUUCAUCAAGGAGUUGUCAGGGGAGUCGGAUGAGCUUGGCAUUUCCCAGGAUGAGCAGCUGUCCAAGUCAAGUUUAAGGGAAACCACAGGCUCCGAGAGUGAUGGGGGUGACUCAAGCAGCACCAGGUCUGAAGGUGCCAAUGGGACAGUGGCAACUGCAGCAAUCCAGCCCAAGAAAGUUAAAGGAGUGGGCUUUGGAGAUUUCAAAGACAAGCCAAUCAAACUAAGACCAAGAUCAAUUGAAGUAGAAAAUGACUUUCUGCCAGUGGAAAAGACUAUUGGGAAGAAGCUACCUGCAAAAGCAACUCCAGACUCAUCAAAAACAGAAAUGGACAGCAGGACAAAGAGCAAGGAUUACUGCAAAGUAAUAUUUCCAUAUGAGGCACAGAAUGAUGAAUUGACAAUCAAAGAAGGAGAUAUAGUCAUUCUCAUCAAUAGGGACUGCAUUGACAUAGGGUGGUGGGAAGGAGAGCUGAACGGCAGACGAGGCAUGUUCCCUGAUAACUUUGUGAAGUUACUUCCACCGGACUUUGAAAAGGAGGGGAAUAGACCCAAGAAGCCACCACCUCCAUCCGCUCCUGUCAUCAAACAAGGGGCAGGUACCACUGAGAGAAAACAUGAACUUAAAAAGAUACCUCCUGAAAGACCAGAAAUGCUUCCCAACAGAACAGAAGAAAAAGAAAGACCAGAGAGAGAGAGAGAGCCAAAACUGGAUUUACAGAAGUCCUCCGUUCCUGACAUACCGUCAAAAAAGCCUUGGCCACCUAAGACCAAUUCUCUCAGCAGACCUGGUGCACUGCCCCCAAGAAGGCCAGAGCGACCGGUGGGUCCACUGACACACACCAGGGGUGACCGUCCAAAGAUUGACUUGGUGGGCAGUUCGCUUUCUGGCAUCCUGGACAAAGAUCUCUCGGACCUCAGCAAUGACAUCGACCUAGAAGGUUUUGACUCCGUGAUGUCAUCUACUGAGAAACUCAGUCAUCCGACCACAAGAAGACCAAAAGCUAUGGGGAGGCGGCCUCCAUCCCAGUCCCUCACAUCUGUGUCGGACAACAAAGCAUCCCUGCCACCCACUCCGGGGACCAUGGCAGCAGGUGGUGGUGGGCCAGCCCUUUUGUCCUCAGCAGCACCCUCCCCCCUGUCAUCCUCUUUGGGAACAGCUGGACACAGAGCCAACUCCCCAUCUCUGUUCAGCACGGAAGGAAAACCAAAGAUGGAGCCUGCGGCCAGCAGCCAGGCAGCUGUGGAGGAGCUAAGGACACAGGUCCGCCAGCUAAGGAGCAUCAUCGAGAACAUGAAGGACCAGCAGAAACAAGAGAUUAAACAGUUAUUGUCUGAGUUGGAUGAAGAGAAGAAUAUCUGGCUUCGGUUGCAGAUAGAAGUGAAUGACAUAAAGAAAGCUCUACAAUCAAAAUGAGUACUUGAUCAAUGAAAUGUCACAUUAUUCAUCCUGAGUCUGAGACUCAAAUUUUCUGCCCCAGCCAAAAUAAUAUUGUGCCAAAAGAUUAAAGGUUUGCCUCAA